UUGCCCUCUAUUCUUAUUGCUGCUAAUGCGCCAUUACUCAUGCUAAGCUAAUACCUAAUCCUCCCAAUUCAUAAGGCGUUCUCUGGCUUUCGUUGGUAAUUUUCUCUCCGUUUCAGGGUUUUCAGAAAUUUUCGUGGUAGUAAAUAUUUUAAACUACAACAAAGUAGUGCUGUGACCUUAACUUGUCAGUGACCCUGUGACCAAGAAGAGAGAAGAUGGCACCUCAAUUGGCACUAACCCACUCUUCUCUUCUCUAUGUUUCUCCCUCUUCUGCUUCUCUCGGUUUCAGAAGGAAUAAAGUUUUGAUUCCACAAAGAUGCACUAUAACCAACGAGAAAAAAAAUCAUGCCAUCACAGCGUUUGCAGCCAACUCUCUCGGAAAAUCAUCUAUCCAACUCACUCCUGUUUCAACUUCACUAUUUACCGAUAAAGAAGCUAACCUCUCACUCAGACUUCCUAUUUCUCAAAGAUUCAAUUCUAAGAUCUGUGGACAAGCAUUUAAAUAUCAUGCGUCUGGUUUCCGAAUCCCUGCAAAUGCUGAGAAGCCAGAAUGGUGGUGGAGGACUUUAUCCUGUAUUCCCUAUCUAAUAGCAUUGCAGAUGUCAUCAACUGGAUAUUAUCUAGAUCCUUUCAUUCAAAAAUUUCCUUUCUUUCAGAAUUUGAUUUUUUAUAUCCCAGGAGGUGUCAACCGAUUACCAAUCUGGUUCCCUAUGUUAUAUUGCUAUGUGGCUAUUGUAUGGGUGGUAAAAAACAAGGACUUGCCCCUUAUCUUCAGAUUCCAUGUAAUGAUGGGAAUGCUGUUGGAACUUGCUCUGCAGAUAGUGUAUACUUCAAGCAAUUUCAUGCCACUCAUACACUUCCCAGGGGGAACAUUGGGGAUGUAUUACUGGACUGGUGUGGCAUUGGCAUAUAUUUUUACAAUGAUAAUGUGCAUAAGGUCGGCCCUUCUCGGUAGAUUUGUGAGAAUCCCUCUUGUUAGUGAAUCAGCCUUCAUUCAUUCUCUAUUCAGUUUAGGAGGAUUCCAACGGCCAUUUUAGGAUGUGAUCAAGAGCAUAUGUAAUUUACUCUUGGUUUUGUAGUUGAUUUUUUAUUAUUACCUUAAUACAGAUAAGGGACAUAAAGAUUUUAUUGAAGAUUGUUGUAGUUUCUCUUGUCUUUCCCUGCCUAGCUUAAACUUAAAAUUGAAAGUUGAAAGGUUGGUAUUA